GUUACGUUGCAGCAGAGUUACCGUCUGACACGAGAGAGGGGAGCAGAGGGAGCGGAACAGCUGACCACCUCGCGCACAUUUGAAGCGCAAAGUGAUGGAACCCUCGGAGAUCUUUUUAUGCACCUUCCUCACCUCUCACUACUUCGGCACCAUCUUAUUCAUCGCGUGGCUUUUCGUGUACGGGGUACCCACAGAGCUCACCAACUAUGGAUUGUUUAUUUGUUGAAGUUGGGCCACCUGAUCCUCUUUGCGCCAGGACAACCAACCAAAAUUAGAGCAAGGGAAGUCGUUAUGGACAGUUGUGCAAAUCGUGCAUUUCCUGCUCAGAGACUUGGUGUCAAAAGCAGAAUUACAAUCUCAGGAUAUCACAUCUAUCUGCGCGUAAAGGACGCGGACAUCACGGCGCUCUUAAACGCAGCCUGAAAUACUCCGCGCUAUGUUUUAGCAGUUAUGGGAGAAAGCUGUAGUUAGGAUAGAGGGUGUGUUUGUGAGACUGUUUUGCCCCAGCCGGCUUUGAUGCGAGAGUGGCGGCCAGCUUUUAUUGCGCGCAUACCAAUUGUGCGCUGCUGCAGAUUAGCCGCUCCGUUACCACAGGCGAUCCACCGCAGCAGGACCUGCAAUCUUUGACAGGCAACAGGCCUCACCAACCACUGUGACAGGUACCACUAACAAUCCUUUUUCAACUCUUGGCAUUUGAACUUUCACCACAACCAAGAGAGUUUUUUAAAGCUGCAUCUAAGAGCACCUGUGAAGCAGGAGUAAGCCAUGGCUCUACCAGAUAGUGGCAUAUCUGGGGAGGAAGUACCCUUCCCAGAGAUUAUAGAGCUCAAUGUUGGUGGGCAGGUGUACAUAACCCGCUAUUCUACCCUCACAAGUGUGCCAGACUCCCUGCUAUGGGAGAUGUUCAGUCAGAAGUCAGCCAAAGGACUGGCCAGAGACACCAAGGGGCGCUUCUUUGUGGACCGUGAUGGUUUCCUGUUCCGUUACAUCCUGGACUACAUGCGGGACCAGCAGCUGGUUCUUCCAGAUCACUUCCCAGAGCGCGGGCGUCUGCAGAGGGAGGCCGAGUUCUUCAACCUGCCAGAGCUUGUGAAGCUGCUGGCGCCCAAAAUCAGCAAGCAGAACUCCCUAGGCGACGAGGGAUGUCAGAGCGACCCAGAGGACACGUCUCCUGGGAUUGACACAGCCCGCAACCUCAGCUCCCUGGGUGCUGCUGCAGCUGCCUGUGCCAGCCUGGUGCCUGGUGCCAUGGAUGGCAAACGUUCGGGGUUCAUCACUAUUGGCUAUCGGGGCUCAUACACCCUGGGCCGUGACAGCCACACCGAUGCCAAAUUCCGCCGGGUGGCACGGAUCAUGGUGUGUGGGAAGACCUCUCUGGCCAAAGAGGUGUUUGGGGAGACGCUGAACGAGAGCCGUGACCCCGACCGCCCCCCUGAGCGCUACACAUCUCGCUACUAUCUCAAGUUCACCUUUCUGGAGCAGGCUUUUGACAAGCUGGCGGACGCAGGCUUCCACAUGGUGGCCUGUAAUUCCACAGGAACCUGCGCCUUUGCCCACGAGCAGACGGACGACAAGAUCUGGACCAGCUACACUGAAUAUGUGUUCUACCGUGAGUGAGACUUUGUUCCCCCCGGUCCCCCACCCUGUCUCCAAGUGCCCCCCCUCCAGCCUCCAGCCGUCCUGUCCUUCUCUCUCUGAUGGCUUCUGCACCAGUAGAUGUACCGUAGAUGUUGUGCCCCUCCAUCUCUCUCUGCAGCCUCCAGCUUUUACCCCAUGAGCAGCUGCUGCUCCGACUCUUCAUACCUUCUCUGCAGGUCGAAUCUGCAGCCCUCCCCCCUCAAUCCAUCCCCCUCAUCCUCAGGUCCAGCUUUUGCCCUUGCUUAAACCGCCGCUCCAUCUAGUUGUAGUCCCCGGUCCUCAACCACAACAACCCCCACAGCCUUCCUUGCAGAGACUGAUACCUUCUAUGUACUAUUUCCCUUUUGUACUCUAUAUAUUGCAUCUGCCUUGGUGAAGCACAAUACUGUAUCCAAGAGCUAAUUUUGUUAAAUAAGCGCCCCGGUGUGUCUGUAAUACUUUUACAGCAGUCAUAAGGGCAUAAGGGAAAGGGCUUCAAAGAGUGGCCAUGAUGUACAGUACAAUACUUUGCCUGCUUACUCGAGCAGAUCGGACUUUCUCCUGCUCCUCUGAACUAAAUUACCAAAUAAUUGGACAUCUGAUCAGCCUUGAGGGACGCGAGCAGCCCCAGCACAAGAAAGAAGUGUAACACAAAAAUCUAAUUUCCUUCAGUUUUUAUUAAAUGUGUCCAGUACCAUGUGGUUGGGAAUGUGCCAUACAGUAUCUGUUCAGUUGUUAUGAAUGAACGAGGGUUACGAUAAUGCAGCCACAUGGACAGGGAGAGGAAAAAACCCUGCUUUUUUUUAUUUUGAAAUGGAGAAGUAGAUUGUAGGUGUGUGGAGUUUCCUUUUCAAAGAGAUGCAGAUUGUGUGGCAAAUGAACAAGCAGCAGGCUUUUAAUAAACAACGAUGAAAGCUCAAAUAUCAAGAGAUCUCGUAGACAGAAAGAAAAAAAAAAAAAAGGUUUCCAGAUGAGAUGUGUGUAUUGAUUGUGCAAUGGAGCCUUCAGUAUUUUAAUCACCCACGCUGGGAGGGCAGAGGAAAUAGAAGGUGUUACAUCACUCGCAGCCCACUGCUCUAUUUUUUCGCUCAUUGUGCUUCUUUGACAUGUCUUUGCUCAAUUACAUAUUUAAGAGCAUCUUUAAAGUGAAGCGUUUCUUGGGACAGGCUUACACCAUGACUACAUGUUGUUUCCCAUAUUUAAAAAAAAAAGAAAAAAAUGUGGUAGUCACCUUAGCGGAUCACGUUUUGAGUGUUCUGUAUACAAUAAUGUUAUUCUUAAUACUCAGUUCGGUAUUAGUUUAAGCUGUUGCAUAUUUGAUGAUAGCUCUCACUUGCUGUAAGAGAAUGCCCACAAGAAAGGGUGGGAUGACGCUGUAGCCAGCCAAAGCCCGAUGUCCUCUCACUACUGUAGCAAGGGCAUUGUGAGGGCAGUUUAAAUUGAGCGGGUAUAUCUAAAGUCGUAAAGGAGCGAGCUAAGAAAGAGGGUCGUUUCCAGAUACAGCCUCAGGACAGGUCUGCACAUCAUAUACCUCAGACUUAAACACAAACUGAAGGCACUUAAGAUCCAGCUAAUGACGUGAAAUUGCAGACGAAGUUAUGGAGAUGCCGUAACAAGACUGUGACUAAGAGGUUGAAUGUGAAGUUGAGAAACAGCCAACGAGGCUGCACAGUGCAGGAUUUCUCCUGAGCACGAGGGUGUCAGGUUGUAGUUUAGGCAGAACGUCUGACAGUGACAAUAAAUGUAUUCUGAAAUGUCUAGAAACCGCAAUGUUGUGUUUCAGUGUGAUGAAGUGCUGUUGACAUCUGAGUCAAUAUGUUAGACCUGCUGCGGUGUGUCGCUGCAGGCGCAGACAACACUGAAAUUAAAAGUGUUCAGCAAAAAAAAAAAAAAAAAAAAAAAAAGCAAAA